UCAUCAGUGGGUUCUGUUGGUUCAUUUUCUUCAAUUCUGACGCUUCUCCAGUCACGUUCUCAACUACCUCUCCCACCAGCCAACCCCAUCUCCUCCUCCUCUUCUCUCUCUCGCCUUCUUCGCUACCCAAAUCCGUACAAUGUCGGAACCCUUCAGCUCCAUAAGCUCCGACCUCACAGAACUAAUCCUCUCCCACCUCCCUAUCCCCUCCCUCCUCCGUGCCUCCGCCGUCUGCAAGCUCUGGCAUUCUCUCAUCUCCACCCCUUCUUUCCCUUCCCUCCCCCACCACCAUCUCCCUUGGUUCUUCCUCCACGGCCUCCACAACACCUCCUCCAAGAACAACCAGUCCUUCGCAUUCGAUCCCUCCUCCAACUCCUGGUUUCGUCUCCCUUCCUUUCCUUUCCCUUCCCCUGACUUCAUUGGCUCGAACGGAUUCCUCUUUUCCACCGCUCCUUCUUUCUCCUUUUCCCCUGUUCUCAAACCCCGCUGGAGAUCCACCUCUCCCCUUUGCUUUUCCAGGAUCAAUCCUCUUCUUGGCGUUUUCUUUGACCCUAAAACAUCUCAAUCUCACACAUCGAAGCCCCAAUUUAUAGUUGUUGGCGGCGUUCGAUUCAUUGGCAAUUUGGUUGACAUCGAGGACAGGUUGGCCGUUGAAAUUUAUAAACCCUCGUGCGAUUCUUGGGAACUCUGUCCACCUUUACCUGCCGAUUUUCGAUCUGGUAAUUCAUCUCAGACUUUAUCCUCUGCCCUGUUCAAAGGUAGAUUUUUUGUCUUUGGAAUCUACACAUUUUUUGUUUCUUUUUUCGAUUUGGAUAAGCAUGUUUGGAGCCAAGUGCAGACACUAAGGCCACCUGGUGUGCUUUUUGCUUUCCUGAUUGCUUGUCAAGAAAUGCUUGUUUUGGCUGGUAUGUGCAAUGGGCCUCGAGGGCCAUCUUUCAAUUUGUGGAGGAUUGAUGAGAAGAACAUGGAAUUCAGUGAAAUUGCUAUUAUGCCUCAGGAUUUGCUUUAUGGGUUGGUAGAUAAUGAGGAGGAUGACAAGUUUGCAAGCUUGAAAUGUGUUGGGCUGGGGAAUCUGAUUUAUGUAUUCAACGAAGAGUAUCACAAGAAGUACCCAGCUUGCAUUUGUGAGAUCAUCAACGAGUAUGGCAAGUGUAGCUGGAGGAAAGUGCCCCAAUUGCCAUCACCUGUGAACAAGUUUCACAAGGUUAUCAGCUUUUGUUCCACAAUUUUGCCCCAGAAUAUUUUUCUGGCUGAGGAGGAAUAAAUUGGAGUGUUGGAGCCUAUGCUGAUUGACUAGCUUUUCUACUUGGUAAAAAAUCAUAUCUUGUAUCCUGUUCUGAGGACGCAUACAAUCUCAUCAAAUAGCUGUUUUUCUUAGUGAUCAAAUUUUCUGCUUUAGGUACUUUCUUGAUCAAGGAUGAAUUAGACUUCAUCUUCAUUUGUUAUCUCGGACAUACAGGAAUAUCCAAAUAUAGUGUAAAUUCUUGGUUUUCUGCAUCAAUUCCACUGGUUUAGCAUGCUGCUGAAGCAUUUUUCA